AUGGAAGACAAUUUCCGCACCUGGUUCUUCAAAUUUCCUAACGGACCAGAUCGAUUCCGCGUCACCCACUUCGCAAACGCCGGCGCUGAUAGCAAUGUCUCUUCCUCGUUGGAGCGCAGGUUCACAGUCUUCGCCAAUGGAACGCAACAAACGCGCAGCAAUGUCAAUGGGAUAUGCGAACCGAGGGACGGCCAGAGACGGAUUAUCAGAUAUGCCUCUUCGCCACAUAGAUUGAGCGCUUUGGAAAUCCGUACGGGCUUGAAGAUGCUUCCACAAGAGCUUCGAGACCAGAUUCAAGACCUCACCUUCACUGUCGACUGGAUCUGCCGAGAGGAGAAGGACAUUACACAGCAAGAUAUGAACAUACUUCAGAUCGACCACGCGUCCCGAUCUCGACUCGCACCGCUAUUCUUCGCGGGUGGACUGAGAUUGGAAUGGCAAGGACCAAGCUUCGGACUGCAGUGCUGGCUAGAGUCUUUCCCAGCGGCUUUCAAGCCGCUGAUUGACAACUUCGACUGUCGAACUACCUUCAUGGCUUUCACAUUUUCAAGACAUGGAUCAGACUUCUCUGUGGGUCCUGCUGUGCCUCCUGUGGAUGCGCAGACCCCGAAGACUGUCUCGCAAACCUCAGCCUCAAGCUCCACCCAUGACACCGCCAAAGACAUCGCUAUGCUCGGCGACUUGAGUACCAUUGCGCUCUGCACAAACCUGCAGUCACUUCCACAAGAGCUAUACGACCGCAUCUACGAGCUCACCUUCACCGUGGACUCGUACUGCCGCAGAGAGAAUCAGGUGACGAAAGCAGAGCUUAGCAUGCUUCAAGUCGACCAUACGACCAGAAAACGGCUUGCACCGCUCUUUUUUGCUGGCGGAAUCAAGUUGGAGAAGUUGAUGAGCCUAUCGGCCCAAGCGUUCCCUUCGUGGAUGAGAGGUUUCCCGGAACAUCUCAAGCACCUGAUUCACAAUUUCAAGUGCACGUUCGCCUGGUCACAUCCGAGCCACGGUGAGGGAUAUCGUGCAUUCCUCGAAUACCGCAUGCUCGAAGAAUUGCUGAAGCACGGGUUCUGCGCAAAAGACACGGGGUGGCAGGGACGUAUAAAGGUAUUCUUCUCGGAGGACGGUUUGGCGCACAGCGCGGACUGA